AUGUCCCUGGUGGUGCUCAGCUGCCACUCCAUCUGCUCUCUGGGAUGUGAGCUGCCUCACACCCACAGCCUGGGCAACACGAGGGUCUUGAUGCUCCUGGAACAAAUGAGGAGAAGGCUCCCCUUCUCCUGCCUGAAGGACAGAAAUGACUUUGGAUUCCCCCAGGAGGUGUUUGAUGGCAGCCAGUUCCAGAAGGCUCAAGCCGUCUCUGUGGUCCAUGAGAUGAUCCAGCAGAUCUUCCACCUCUUCAGCACAGAGGGCUCGUCUGCUGCCUGGGAUGAGACCCUUCUCUAUAAAGUCCUCAAGAAACAUCUCAAGACAGGCGUCCCAUUGGGAGAUGCAUCUGUGAAUGUAGACUCUCCAACAAUGAACAUCCUGGAGAUAUGA